CUCGAAUAUUAGGUAACCACUCACAAUUUCACUCAUCAAUUCCAUUGUUAAAAGCCCAUUCUCACAAUCCAGCCCCGAAAAUGUCAGAAGCCCUUGUCGACGAGAUAGAAGCCAUUAAUUCCAUCUACGGGGACAACACUUUGGCCCCUUCCACCCAAGACCAGGACUCUUCCAUCUUCAUCCUGACUCUUCCUGGCGAGACUGCUUCUUUACGACUGCAGUUCCCUCAGACAUACCCGGACGUACCUCCCACAGUCCUCGGAACCCAUAGUUCUGGUUCCGCAGGGAAACACGGGGCUGCCGUGAGGGAUUUGGCCCUUUUCCGGGAUGCAGUUAGCGAGGUGUACGAACCGGGGCAAGUAUGCCUGUUUGACGGCAUAGAGAAAGUCCAGGAGUUGCUAUUAGCCGUCAAAGAGGGCGAGGGUGAGGGAGAGGAUGAAGCCCCCGUUUCCCCUGCGAGCGAUGACACCCCCAGCAAACCCACCCUUACCCCCUCCUCAACGGAACCCAGCGCCGGGGACCUGGGCCCACCGCCGGCCUGGACCAUUUCCGCCCCCUUUAUAGAAAACAAAUCCACCUUCGUCGCCCGCUGCGCGCCCGUCACAUCCCCCGCCCAGGCAGCCGACUUCCUCGCCCACCUCCUCGCCUCGGACAAGCGGGUCCGCACGGCCACGCACAACAUCACUGCCUGGCGCAUCCGGGGCCCGAACGGGGCCAGCUUCCAGGACUGCGACGACGACGGGGAGACGGCGGCCGGCGGCCGGCUGUUGCAUCUCAUGCAGCUUAUGGAUCUGUGGGAUGCCAUGGUCGUCGUGACGCGCUGGUACGGCGGCCAGAAGCUGGGCCCGCGCCGGUUCGCCCUGAUCAACCAGACCGCGAGGGACGCCUUUGUGCGGGCCGGGUUGGUGAGGGAGGAGGCUCCGGCUGGAGGAGGGAAGAAGAAAGGGGGGAAGUGAAGUGGUGGCACGUUGGGAUGGCCUUUUGCGGCGGUGAAAUGUGACAAGGAGAGGAGAAGUUGGUCUGUGAUAUUUACACCCCAUCAUCGCUGAGGGCAUGACUACAACCUUGGAGCAAGCCUCUAUAGGUAACCAUCCCGCACUCAAUUCAACAACCACCACGACUUUUCACCACCCAUUCCCACCAUCCCUUCAACCACCCACCCCCUCCCCCUCCCCACCCACAGCACCACCACCACCACCACCACCACCACCACCACCA